AUCACUAGCUCUCUUUCUCUAUCUCUCUCUCUCCAUCUCUCUGCUUGUGUGACAGUAAACAUGGGAGCUCUCGAUUCUCUUUCUGAUUACCUCUCUAACCAUUUCUACGUCUCAAUAAGAAAACGGAAGAAGCGUAAAGUCAUGCAGACAGUGAAUAUAAAGGUGAAGAUCGACUGUGACGGAUGCGAACGCAAAAUCAAGAACGCUGUUUCCUCUAUGAAAGGAGCAAAAUCAGUGGAAGUGAACAGAAAGAUGCACAAAGUAACGGUGAGUGGCUACGUUGAUCCAAAGAAAGUGCUGAAGAGAGUGCAGAGCACUGGGAAGAAGAAAGCUGAGCUGUGGCCGUACGUUCCGUACACAAUGGUGGCUUAUCCGUACGCUGCUGGAGCUUACGACAAGAAAGCCCCACCGGGGUUUGUGAGGAAGUCGGAGCAGGCUCAGGCGCAGCCGGGAAGUACUGACGAUAAGCUCAUGUCCCUUUUCAGCGACGAGAACCCUAACGCCUGCACCGUUAUGUGAAUAAAGUAUAGAUAGCAAGUUAGCGCAACCGAUUGUUAUAAUUAGUAAUGUAUAACGUUUUAUAAAGUUUAUAGUGGAGU